CAUGAGAGGGCUAGAAGCGGGCAAGGUGCUAGAGAGGGGCUGGGAACGGGGUAAGGGAGAGAAGAGGGAUUGGGGGUUCUGGGAGGGGAGAUAGGGGAAAUUGGAAAGAGAGGGUGUGGUAUCAAUGUUUUAGGCCAGCUUAUUGUUCCUUCCUGCAUUCUUUCGGUUAAGUUCAAUGAUUGGCAAUCGAUGAGAAGUCUGCAGUUUGGAAUAAUUAGACACUUGAGAAAUACUAAGAACAAAAAUUUCCUCUUAAUAAGCUAUUUCAUCCAGCUUUAGGUUCAUUUUCAAGUCUUGACUUCUUGGAGAUAAAGCAUAAAAACUUGUUCGUUAUUAACAACAAGUUAUAAAUGAAUCGAACUGUCAAGCAAUUGAACCAAAAGAAGAGGAAAUUCAGGUCUGAAAUCAACCCUGAACCAGUUUAUAAUUUUUGGAUAUCAUCUCCCUUUAUCAUUAAAAUACCUCUCAAGUUAGGACGAGAGGAAUAAAAACUUUCCAAUUUUUAAAUGAGGAUUAAUUUUUCUUAAAGGAAUCCUAAUUUGAUCAGGAUUUUGGGAAGAAUUUCUAAAUCUAGCCUUAUCUCUAUCUUCCGGGCUUAACCUAUCGGCUUAUAUCCACACCUGGUCUAGAGAUGUUAU